UGACUCACACUGUCAGUCGCUGUUUAACUGCAGAGAGGGGAGCAUCUAUCACACCGCUCAGCGUGCCCAAAACACACGUGAACUGACUGACAUCAAAACAAUUCACCGAUUCCGAGUCAUCCACCACUAUUACAAUUUUUAUUUGUUGUUUUUGUUUUGUGUUGUAAGUGUCUGUGUUGUCGUUGUGCUUAUAAUCCGUACGUUAUCAUGUGACUUUUUGUUUUUGUUGUUCCUCCAAAAUAAGAGACUUCUUCACAGGAGUUUCUAAGAUGUCCAGACGCAAGCAGAGCAAUCCUAAACCGUUGAAAAGCGAUUCACACGAUAAACCGCCACUGGAAGAGCCCGAUACUGAAAAAGGAGAGGUCGAAGACUGGAAUAGCGACCCAGCUGACAACGCCGUUUCCACAAACCCACCCUCGAAAUCUCCCCCGCGGAAGACAGCAACUCCAGAAGAACCCGCCGAAGAAAUUACGCAAAUUUCGGUAAAGAAUGAAACGGAAGAAAAAACACCUAGAAUACGGUUAAAAGCUAACUUGGCGACUGAUCCCGCUUUACAAAGCCAGCCCAUCACUUUGACUAACCCCAAAGUGGAAUCUGAAGUUUCCCAGUUUUCGAGUGGAUAUCUAACAGCACUCAGACCUGCUCUACAAACUGCUUUGGUAUCGAGAGGAUUCUUUCUGCCGAAUAUAAUUCCUGGUGCAGAACCGCAAUCUGAGUCUGUGGAGACGAGGCAGCAAACAGUUCCAAUAUUUCAAUGCUCUCCUUGCGGGAUCAGAUUUUCGUCUAUAAGCACCUUAGAAGCACAUCAAACGUACUAUUGCUCGCAUCGUGUAAAUAAAGCAGCAACUGACGAUGACUCGAAAUCAGUUACCGAUCCAAAUGGAAACCAAUCCGAUGCUGAUGUAUCAGAACCCCCUUUGAAAAACGUCCGCACUGGUAAACAAUAUACAUGCACCCAUUGUUCAUAUAGCGCUGAUAAGAAGGUCAGUUUGAACCGUCACAUGAGAAUGCAUACAGUAUCUCCUAGUCCUAGUCCCCUGAACAUAGUAACUACGCCAAAUGGAGAGAGCAGCACCAACAGUACUGAUCGCUACUGUGCAGAAUGCGAUAUUAGGUUUAGUUCCCAGAAGACGUAUCGUGCCCAUAAGUUACACUACUGCAAUUCGAGGCAUACGAUAAAACCACAAGUGGUCACAACAAAAGCUUCGUCAAGUACGUCUGGAUCAUCCCCUACUUCACCCAUUGAUUCUAGACCUUGCAGAUCUCCCUCUUCACCUUCGUCACAAAGCGCUUCGCAGCAGCCUUUCUUGGCUUUACCAACCAAUCCUAUAAUAAUUGUGCCAUAUUCACUGUUUCGAAGUGCGAGUGUCUUUCCGGCCCUUUCUGUUGCUUCGGGUCUUCCAAACCCCGAUACCCCCUGCUUCUUGCUUCCCAAUGGUACUCUUCAACCAAUGACGAGUGCUUUGCUUAACCAAUAUCAGCAGCAGCAAUCUGAAGGUAGUAGAAACGAUAGUAAAUCCAAAGAACCAUCUGUUGUUCGGGAAACUUCCUCGGCCCCAUUAGACUUAAGUGUAAGAAAAUCUCCUGACAAUAAUGAUCUGAUUAUCGACUUUACUGAAGAUCGAGGAAGGCAUACACCCAAUAAAUCUUUGACUCCUGACAAGAGCAAAUCGGUUCAUUCUUCACAAAACUCACCGCCAACCACACCAGUCUCCCAUUGUGAAUCGUCACCGUCGCCCAAAAUCAAAGAUGAAGCUUCAAGAAGCAGCAGCCCGAAGAGACUUAGAUCUGUGCUAAAACCGACGCAAGAAAAAUCUAGAACAAGUCCAGAAGUAAACAACUUCCAACAGUUCGAAGGAAAUCCCUCAUUACAUCCAUUAUUAAUGAGAGGAGCUCUGCCUCUCCUUCCACCCGAAGUUCAAAUGAGGCUAGAACCUCCUUUACCCGCAGUAAUGCCCCAAGUGCUGGUGAAACAAGGCGUUUCUAAAUGUAAAGACUGUAAUAUAGUGUUCUGCAAGCUCGAAAACUACGUUGUUCACAAAAAGCACUACUGCUCGGCCCGUAGCCAGGACGAGAACCUCUCCAAAUUCUCCGGUAGCCCUCCGGUGAGUCCGAAUAGUAUCGAAACCACCAGUCCAGCUGCGCAAUACCAGCAACUCAUCUGCUUGGCGUGUGGUAUUAAGUUUACUUCUCUGGACAACCUCAAUGCCCAUCAAGCUUACUAUUGUUUAAAGCGCGGCGAUACGGAGGUGAGAAAAUGCGGCAAGUGCAAGGGAAUCGCUGAACCUGGCCACCAGUGUAUCCCCCACGCGGCCACCCUUACAGGAUGGAAAUGUCCUUGUUGUGACGUCGUCAGCCCCACGGCUAGUGCGGCCCAAAGGCACAUGGAAUCUCAUACUGGAGUAAAAGCGUACAGGUGUACUAUCUGUCGAUACAAAGGAAACACCUUAAGAGGAAUGAGGACGCACAUUCGAAUGCACUUCGAUAAGAGAUCUUCAGAUUUACAGGAGGAAAAGUACAUCUCCUACAUACUGGAAGAUGAAAGCUCCAAUACAGUCGAAGUCAACGUAACCACAGCGGAACCGUCAGACGAAAAGGUCGGCUCCCCAGGAAACGAACCCUCCCUUCCAGACUCACUGCACUACUGCCUGCAGUGCUCCUACAACUCGACAUACAAAGCCAACGUAGUUCGCCAUAUGAAACUGGUCCACGACAUCAACAUCACCGAAGAACCACCAGUCAACGGCUUGUCCGACAAAAACAAGUCCAUGCCUGCGCUGGAGGACGAUGAGGAAGAGAUCGUAGUGAAAAAGGAAGCCAUGGAACCGGAGGUGAUCAUCGCGCAGGGCGAGGAGCCCAUCAUUAAAGAGGAGGUAGGCAUAAAGUUGCCUAAGAGCAAAACGCCGGACGAGGAGAUUCUCCAAGAAGCCGCCAAGUCGGGUGCGAGGUACUGCAAAUCGUGUGACAUUUACUUCAACUACUACUCGACUUUCGUGGCUCAUAAAAAGUUUUACUGUUCGAGUCAUGCCGGCGAGAUAUCGAACGCUGCCUCGAAUAACAAUAUUACUAAUAAUAAUAAUAAUAAUUCCGCCACGCGCGCCGCUGCCGAGGCGUCUGUGCUUUAAAGUAGAUUUUGUAGAAUGAUUAGGUUGAUAAAAAAUGUGGAAAGGCAGAUUGGAAAUAGCUUAAAAAACGGUUUCAUGAUAUCUCGUAACGCGACAGUUCGUAACGCCACAAAUGGUAACGGACGAUCCGUAACACCGUCAAUUUGUAACGGCGACAAUUCGUAACAUCGACAGUUUGUAACUAUAACUAUUCGUAAUGGUAUAAUUCGUAACGCUAACAUUAAGAUUUUUUAGCUCUAGCAUUAAUAAAUGUAUACAAUGCAUGUAUUUUGCAUACUUUCCUACACAAGUAGUAGUACUUUUUAAGACCACUUCUUUUUAAAUAUAUUUCACCCGUAUUUUGCAUAUAUUUUUGUAAAUAUGACAACUAAAGAAUAAUUUUUAAACAUUUUUAUCCUUAAAUUACUUUAAAGUAGUAAAACUACUGUUACAGCUAUUUUAAGACAUAAUUGUCAAAACAUAUUUCAGCACGAAAUAUGAAGUUUGUUAAAAAUGUUUAUCCUGAUGCUGGUUCAUUAAAUUGAUAAACGUAAUUUCAAUUGUAACUCUAGUUGGUUUCCACGUUACCAAAAAUAUACAGAAUAAUUCAAGGUUGAGGUUACGAAUUAUACCGUUACGAAUAGUUUAGUUACGAACUGUCGAUGUUACGAAAUGUCACCGUUACGAAGUGAUGGCGUUACGAAUUGUCCGUUAGAAUUUGUGGCGUUACGAACUGUCGCGUUACGAGUUGUCACGUAAAAAACGUGACUUUUGCAUGAAUCAUUGGUUUGAUUUAGUUUUUUGUUAUUUAUAAUUUUUUACUCGUCCAUUACAGGUAGUUAACCACAUUUUAAUGCAUUGUUAAACAUUGUUAUUUAAUUUUAGUAGUACGUCAACAUUUGGUAAAGUAUAUUAAUACUUUGUAAAUGUGCUAAUGAUACGAUGAUUGUUUAAAAUGGCGACUAUAUCUUGUGUCAAAUUAUAAACAUACCAUGGAAAUUUCCAUAAGGGCCACAAAUGUUAUCAGGAUAUUGGUGAGGGCUACAUUUCAUAUAAUAAACAAAAAUUUUUUAUAAGACUAAUUUUUGCAUUUUCAACUAUAUUUAUUGUUAAAAAAAAUUUUAAAAUUGAAGUUAAAAAACUUCUAUUAUAAUUGGUAAACAUAUUUAAUAAAGAUUAAAUUAAAAGUCCAUUUGGGUUACAAUAGUUGUUCAAAACGAACGUUGUCGGACUUUUAGUCCAUUUUCAAUGAACUUUGAAGUACUUGGGCUAAUAACCACAGAAGUAAAUAGUAGUUGAGUUUAAAUUGUUAAUUAAAUACUUUAAAAGUAGUAAAUUAACCGACUUGAAGUCGAUAAAAAUAGAUAAAACUAUCCGGUAACUGCAUGUCGUGUUCCUACUAAAAAUAGAAAUUACAUCUGUAUUGGACCGCAAUAGUUCAACACAAUACAAUCAGAGUCUUUAUGUUUAGUAAUGAUUCCCCCUAAAACACUUUUUGCCCGUUCAUGGUGUUACUUCCGUCAGUAAUAACACUUAUCUACUUUGUCCAGCUUAUUUGUAAUAGAGUAAUAGUUUCAAGACUGGAUCCAAAUAACGGAAUAAAUCUUCCCCUGUAGUAACAGUACCUUUCGAACUGCCCAUUUUUAGUAGCUCUUCAUAAAUAUUAAAGUUUUCGUCAAUAAUAUGUACCUACAAACUCGAAAAACUCAAAUAAGUCCAUUGCUGGAGAGAAAUAACCAAAAGACUGUUCUUUAUAUUUGAGCACUUUAUAAAAGUUAACACCCAAUUCUUCGGUGUGCCAGGUAGAGAUUCUAUCGGAGAGUUCUUCUUCUUAAAGUGCCCUUUACUCAAUGGAGGUUGGCUACUACAAUUGAGGCCAUGAGGGCCAGACAGAGCCUGUUCGAUUGUUUUAGUAAUUGUAUGUUGACAAAUAAUGAUUCUUGGUCAACAUAAAACUACUAAAACAAUCGGACAUUGUUAGCUUCUGAUCAUUUUCUUUGAUUAUAAUAUAAAGUUAUGUUAAAAUCAGUUAAGCCACUCUGACUCUCAUGACCUCAAUUGCAAACUCUUCUCCGUCUUCAGCUGUUCUUAUUAACUGUACAAAAUUUAGCUCUGUCUAUUGUCGGAUGUUUCUUAGCCACGGCCACGACUUUUUCUACCUAGUCCUCACUUUCCGUCGAUCUUUCCUUUCACUAUUAGGUGAGCAUAUUGGUACUUAUUGUUUCUCAGUAUGUGGCCUAGGUAUGAUAUUUUUCUAACUUUCACUGUGUUCAAAAAUUCUCGUUUCUUGCCUAUUAUAUAUGCAGCACUUCUUCGCUUAAGAUAUGCGAUGUCCAUGCAAUUUUGAUGGUUCUCCGGUAAAUCCACAUUUCAACGGCCUCCAGUUCAUUUACUGUUGAUGUUUUAAGGGUCCACGUCUCAACUGCAAAGAGUCGACAGGCACGUAGCCAAGGGGGGUCCAUGGGGUCCGGAUCCCUCCCAAAACUGCCUCGGCUUUGGUACCAAGGCAGAAAGUUUAUCCCCAAGUUAUUAUUAUUAUUUUUGAAAAAGUGAACGAAAUUAUUAUUUUUUACUAUUAAUAGUUUAUUCAGUGUACGGAUUAACUUAUAUCCAAUUUAAAAAUCAGAUUUACCAAAACGAAAGUAUUCUAUGUAUCAGCAUUUCAAAUUUUUUUACCUGGAUUUGCCUCUACAGAAAAAGCAAAAUUGCUAGAAAAUUUGUCUGCCUAUUACUUCCACGGCACUUUCCUUACACUCUUACAGCAAUAAAAGCUGAAUAUGUUAUGGUGUAACUGUAAUACAAUAUCAUCUUUGGAACCAAAUUUUAGAGAUUUUUUUCCAAACAUUUCCCUGGCAUAAUAACCAGUGUAGCAGUGUAGAACGUUCAUUCUCAAAUGAAGCGAGUAAAAACUUCACCCAGAAACAAGAUGGGAAACGAAAGACUCAUUUUAUUGAACCGUAUAUCUUUGGUCCGUUCAUUGGAACGUUAAGCCUGAUAUAUAUUAAAUAACCAAAAUUAUUGGGUGGACAGCUGAAUAGAAGACCAGGUGCACUCUUUUCUACUGAAUACAUAUUUCGUUAGUAGUCACUAACAUGAUCAAAGACGCUAAAAUGAUAUUAAAGAGACAAUGGUGAAAUUAUGUAUUAAAAACAACUUACUAGGGUGAGAUUGUCGUCAUAUAGAUGUUACAUCUUAGUCAAUCAAGUAGUAGCACGACCAAUUUCACUUUGUAUUUGAGAUUUGGAUGCGCACUGUUGUUGAGAUUCGGUUUUCAUUCAAAAUUCAAAAAAUUUGGAAAAACCGAAUGUCAACACCAGUGCGCAUCCAUAAUGUCAAAUACAAAGUGCAAAUUCACUGCAAUGUCGUGUUGUAAACACUUAAAGGUAGUUUACUUAAUAAACCUACUUAGUAAAUAUGUACUUAGUAAAAGUAAUUUGAAAUAUUUUAAUAAUGUAUGUUUUACAUAGUUAAAAUAUCUAAUUAAAUUUAAAAAAUAUUUUUAAUUAAAUGUGAAAAUAACAGCAAAUUGCAAUUUUAAAAAUAUUAAAAUAGUUUUUUAAAAUCUUACAUAUGGAUCUAAAAUUUAUUCUGAAUAUUUUUUUCAAUACCUUACCGUCUAAUCUAACAAAAAAUUUGUGUUGUGUUUGGACCCCCCUCAAGCACAUUUCCUGGCUACGUGCCUCAGAGUCGACUAGACGUAGCAUUUUGAUAAACGUAGUCGAAUUUCGAGUUUUAUUCGAGAAUCACAUAGCAAUUUUUUAAUUUUUUCGAAAUACUGCUGACUGAUCAAAGACUAACACUUUCAAAAUUUGGUUCUCCGGACAUACUUCACUGCACGAAUCUCUUCCUGAUUAAUUUCAUUGUUUGAAGCCACAAUUUUCAAAUAAUAAAAUAAUAAAACAUGCUGAAGAAAAUUACUUCGAAAUGUGUUAUAAUUGAUCAAAAUGUAAAGCAUUUAUUAUUACAGUUAGAAAUUUAAUGUGCAGGUAGCUAAUUCUUUCGUAGAAAUUCGUGAAUAAAAUCAACCAACAGUGGAGCCUUCAGUUUCUGAUCAAAUCAAGAUCAAGUGUUCGUUAUUUAAUUACGUCGAUCGCCUAAUUAACCUACAUAAACCCAAAAAAAUGUGCCAGUUCUUGAUAUUCAUGAUUACCUUUGAUAUUUCAGACAGAUAAGAGUCAGUGUCAUUGCCCAAGAUUUAGGUAAUUGAUAAGGGACGUUAAAAAUAACACAUUUCACAAUUAGACAGAUAAGAUCAUGUGGCAGAACCGUUUUUUAAUAUUAUUUAAUGUUCUAUCUGUAACACCUGCAUGGAUUUAGCUAUAUAUACCUACAUACGCUUUUGCAGCUACAUUACAUGUUACAUAAAUUUUCGAUAAUAACAACAUAUAUGAAACAUUAAACUCAUGUUAUAUACUCAUAUCAAAUAUGCGACAGUACAGGCUGCAUCACGAAUAAAACAAUUAAAUGAAACCUUCAUAAAAUGCUUAACUCAACUUCCAUUAAAAAUUUAAAAAAAUAACAAACUUCAGAAGAUGUAACUACUCAAAAAUAACAAAACACAUCAACACAAAAAUAGCAAUAUGCAUCAAAAACACCAUAACAGAUCACAACGAACUAUGCAAACAUAAUCUAGAGUCUAGAUCUUUUCUCUGUUAAGCAGCGGAUACAUCAAAUCGGAUACCAAAUGAGCGAAUACGAGAAAUGAUGAGAGUCACGCAUACAAUAAUUAAUGACUUAAAAACAAAACGACUAAUAUGGUAUGGUCAUGUACAGAGAAUGCCAGGUGACAGGAUCCCUAAACAGAUUUUGACUUGGACACCACGUGACACCACUAGAGCUGGGCCGUAACUACUAUUGGGGGAACCGGGGGACCAAGGAGGGCCCCGUUUGGUUGACCGUGCAUAGAUUUUAACGAGGAAAAUAAAAGUAUGUAUUUUAAAAACCGAUGCCAACGAAAUAUUUUCAAAUGACACAAUUUUAAAAAGUCCUUUUAAAAGGACCGCAAGUUUUAAUUUUUCACAUAAAGUUUUUUUUUAAAUAAUUAACACAGAUUAGAACAGAUCAGGACCCCUGAGGCCUGAGCUAAGCUGGGGCCCUCGAGAUCUUAAAAUAAAAAUUUAAUUUAUUACUUAGGAAAUUAGUUAUUUCGGCUUAAUAAAACCUAAAAUGCCAUUAGAAGAGGGGGCUCGGACUAAGCUGGGCCCCCGAUACCUUUCGUACAGAUAUAAAUUAUUACUGAGGAAAUUAGUUGUUUUGGCGAAAUAAAAACUAACAUGCAACCGGAAUGGGGACCCCAGGUCCCAGCUACUUUGUCUUAACCAAUUUACCCCAAACCACAUCUUGGUACGUGAAAGGAAUCACAAGGUACCACAUAUUGAAAAGAAAGGUAUAGGUAAGAUAGAAUGAGCAUAUUAGGAUCAGUCCCACCACUAGGUACACUGACCAGCUUCACUGAGUGUGUUUGGCUCACACUGCAGUAGCUUAAGGCACCUUAAGGUGCAUUUAAAUCAAAGGGGAACACGAACGAAUUCGUAGCUGUUCGCUUGGUUAUUAGUUCGGUACAUUGUAGCGAACGAACGUAUUCGUUGAUGAUCCGUCCGCAAUGCCAGAUAUAGAGAUAAAGAUGUAAUCAUUAGCGCUGCUAAUUCUAUAGUUAUUGCAGGACAUGCUGAAAAAAAGAAACAAGAGAGUGCGGUGUUCACACAGGAGGGAAAAUGCGGUUUCAAGGGGUUAAAUAUCAAACAUUUUUCCGCCCCCCCCCCCUUCCGCUGGGAGGUGAAUUCUCCAGACCUCCCGGUAGGGGCCCCCAACAUCGUACUUCGGACCUGCACAAGGGAGCAGAAAAAGAGGAAAGCCGAGAAGAAGCUGGAGGGAGGGAACUAAAAAAGAAUUAUAACUUAUAGAGGGCAAAUAAAUCUCUCUAUGUCUAUGGUUAAACAGAAAAGGUUGGCGGUUGUGGUGGAAGUUAUCGAAAUGUCAAGGUGGUGUGGCUUUUGACAACGUAAGGUAUUCAGACAUCUGGCAAUUUACAGGGGUAGCAGCAAUUUUACUUAAAAUAAUACAAAUUUAUAAAAUUAUAGUUAGUUUUCGAACAAUAACACUGUAUACUAAAUUUACAAUCAAGAUGCAGUAGAAAUAAACAAACCAAGACCUAAUAAUAAUUUACAACGUAUAUAGGUACAUUGGAAAUCCCAAAUCAUGAUUUCCAAAGUUUAUACAUUGGAAAUUAUUAUGAUUCGGGAGUGCUCCUAGUAGCAUUUAACGUGUCUUGGUUUGUUUAUUUCUACUGCAUCUUGAUUGUAAAUUUAGUAUAGUUUCUUUAUCCACAGAACUGGUUUAGGCUAAUAACGUAAUAUCUACAGCUUUAUACAUUUGUGUAAAGGUCAUUAUUGACCCAGAGUGCCAAAAAGAAGUCUCGUAUAAUUAUUCUAACAAUUUAGUGAUAAAUUAAAAAUAUAAAACACAAAAAUAUCUGCAAAAAGCUUCAAAUUACUCAAAAUAUUCAUUUUAUGCUAUUUCUAAUCUGCCACUAAGGUGUUAUGAGGUGUUUUAAUGGGCCAGUCCUCUCUUGUAUACGUGCAACCAAAUUUAGUGCCUCAACACUUAGAUAACAUAAUGUAAGUAAUACUAACAAAAUCGAAUAGAAGAAGAGAAUUUGAAAAUUUCAAAGUUUAAAAAUAGAAGUUUAUAGAAACAAGUGCGUAAAGUUAUAUUUUUUUACUCUAUGAGUGAAAAAAAAAUGUUUAUGUCUCAUACAAUAUUUUGUAGGCAAACCAAACAAUACAAAUAAAAAUAGAUAUUUGUAAUAUUUUAAUUAAAAAUAUGAAUUUAAUUAAACAUAAUAUGAUAAGCAAUAGCGUAAUUCGAUUUUUAUCUACAGACAAUAAAAAGCCAGAGUACAUAUUAAAGAACACCGGGAGAGAAUGCAUCCUUGUCUAACUCAUCUAUAUAUGGCUAUUGCCUCUUUCAACUGGUCAUCCACUGUUGGCAGUUUGGUUGCAAUAUAAAUUAUCCAGAGAAAAUUAUGGAAUAAAUUCAUUUUUUUCAAGAAUAGGGCAUUUACGGUGUUUUUCUCCAAAGUGGCCUAUUCUCGAAAAAAUGAAUUUAUUCCAUAAUUUUGAACCUCUCUAUGAAUAUAUGAGUCUCUAUGCUUCAUCUGUUAUAUUAUCAAUAUAAAUAGUAAUGAUAGAAGUAAGUAUGAUUUUUAGUAUAUUUUUCAUGAAAAUACACAUAAAAAUAUGUUUUCGGUCUUAACUACAUAACUGUUUAACAUGCAUAAUUUGUAUUGUGUACCUAUAUAGCAGUUAGCAUAUUAUGUAAAUUCGGCUUUUAAAUAAAAGUUUAUUAAAAGUUUAUUUAAAUAAAAGUUUGUUAUGAUUCCCCACUUUUCAUACACCAUGUAAAAUAUAACUAAAAAUUUUCAAAUUCUCUCAAACACCAAAAUAAUCGUAAUACAAAAAAUUGUAGACUGUUGAUAAUCUCGAUUGUAUUUAUUUUAAUUUUUUAGGCGUACAAAUUGUAAUAUUUAAAGGAAUAUGCAUGCAAUCAAAGAAUUUUAUUAGCUUCUAUGCCUCUACGACUUUACCAACUUUCAGUUGGUUUUCAGUGACUUUAAGUAACGAGUAGUACUUAAAGUCUAACAAGAAAACUAAGAGAGUCAUUAAUAUUCAGUUCAACGGGAUGCUAUUAUUCGAGGUGUGAAAUUAUAUAAACAAGGGAACAAUUGAUACAGAUAGAUCUCUUGUUUAUGGUAUUUCACCCCUUGAACAAUAACACCCCGCCCAGCUGAAUACUUAGUUCUCUUGUUCGAAUAUAAACACUUUUCAAAGAGUUCGAUGCUUUUUUUAUAAAACCGUUUUGUCUCUGAUGUGAGAGUUAGCGCGGAAAUACUGACCUCUGGCUUAAGGCAGGUUUACAUGUAUCCAGUAACUGGCGCCAGUCGCACUGGAACGAUAGUGCUGGCAUGGUAGUGGCAUCAUGUAAACGCUUUUUUGCUCCAGUCCAGCGCUGUCUGCCAGUGGUUGUAGACACGUGUACACACAGCGUGCCAGUCGCUGGCGCUGUCGUACCUGUGGUUUCAGUGGCAGGAUUUUUAAUAAGAGUGCCAGUGAGAUUGGCGCCAGUUACUGGAUACGUGUAAACGAACCUAUCUAGCGCUGUCUUAGUCAAACACUCGCAUUCCAGUGAGACUGGCGCCAGUUACUGGAUACGUGUAAACGUGACUUUAGUGUUAUUUAUCAGUGACCUUUUUUUUCUUCUUUCAUACUUCUUGUAUUACCUUAAACAACUGCUCUAUACGCUCUGCAUGGGUUCUAUGAAAUCUAUAAACGACUGGCAAAACUGAGGCAUCUUCUAACUAAGGCUAAUACUGUCAGAUCCCAAAGGAAUAUUUCUGGAAUUCCUGGUAAGAAAAAUAUUGUUCGUGCAUAUUCCUUAAUGGUAUUGUUUAAUUUUUAAGUGUUUGGGCAUUGAAUUCAUAGUUGUUUAUGAAUCGAUCAUGGAAUACUAGUAUGUAAUAGGUAUGUUAAAUGUUUUUCUUGUAUAUAAAAUAUGCAAUAACUAAAAAUUUGUUUUUGUAUAAAGUUAAAGAUUUAUAAUUUGUUCGUUUAUAAUUUUUCAGUAUAUAUUUAAAAUAUACUAUGCCAAAGGAGUAAAAAUUUAAAAA